AUGCGCGUUCUAUCAGACCUCACCGUGCCGCCCGUCGGUUUGGACACGUCAGCCAAGCCUAAAGAGGUGGCGCCCUUCUUGCGCAGUCUGCGCCGUAUGCUCGAGAAUGAGAGCGUCGACAUUUUGCGCUGGACUCCCAACGGCCGCGCUUUUGAGAUCCUCGACAUGGAUCGCAUGAUGGACGAGGUACUACCCAAAUACUUCAAGCACCGCAAGUACGCGAGCUUUCAGCGCCAGCUCAAUUACUUUAGCUUCAAAAAAUGGACCAAGUCUAAGGCCGUCAUCUGCACCUUCUCAAACGACUGCUUCCUGCGCGAUCGCCCCGAUCUCUCGUGGCACAUCGCGCGUAAAAAGUCGGUGCACAUGACCAUGCCGCGCAAGCUACGACCGUCUUCUAUGUCGAGUGUGCCAAAACGCGACGUCGAGUUGGAGCCUAUGAAGCUGGAGCCCCCGCGACCACAACCGUUUCCGAGCAAGAGCUCGUGGAAGGGAGCCAUCGUUAUCAGCGUGCCUCAAGUGCCUAGUGCUAUGCACGUUGGCGGGUCGUAUGGCACCGGACACCCGAUUCCAUCGCCUACCGACAUGGACAUGAUGCUAAUGGAGAACGAUAUCGAGCCCCAAAGACUUUUACAGUCAGCCAGUUUCUUUACCACCCCGCCUCUGGGUGAUCAGGACGUAGACUCGCUCGAGUGGAUUGAUAGCUUCCUGCCAUCGCUUGACACGUUUCCUCGACAGGAAGAGCCAGUGUUUGCAGGAAACACUGUGAACGUGAGUGUUAGCGCCCUCAUGCGUCCGACGCCGCAAUACCUUGUCUCGUCGGGAGGCGACUACUCUUGCCCGACUUCUCUGUAG